AUGAUGUUAAAGGGCGGAGCAAUUAACCACCCGUCUCUCUCCCCCUCACCUCCCGUCUCUCUCCCCCUCACCUCCCGUCUCUCUCCCUCUCACCUCCCGUCUCUCUCCCUCUCACCUCCCGUCUCUAUCCCCCUCACCUCCCGUCUCUCUCCCCCUCACCUCCCGUCUCUCUCCCUCUCACCUCCCGUCUCUAUCCCCCUCACCUCCCGUCUCUCUCCCUCUCACCUCCCGUCUCUAUCCCCCUCACCUCCCGUCUCUCUCCCUCUCACCUCCCGUCUCUCCCCCCCUCACCUCCCCUCUCUCUCCCCCUCACCUCCCGUCUCUCUCCCCCUCACCUCCCGUCUCUCUCCCUCUCACCUCCCGUCUCUCUCCCUCUCACCUCCCGUCUCUAUCCCCCUCACCUCCCGUCUCUCUCCCUCUCACCUCCCGUCUCUCCCCCCCUCACCUCCCCUCUCUCUCCCCCUCACCUUCCGUCUCUCUCCCCCUCACCUCCCGUCUCUCUCCCCCUCACCUCCCGUCUCUGUCCCCCUCACCUCCCGUCUCUGUCCCCCUCACCUCCCGUCUCUCUCCCCCUCACCUCCGGUCUCUCCCCCUCACCUACCGUCUCUCUGUCUUUCAGUUAAUUACAUUAAGCGGCCCAUCGUGCAGCGUUAA